AUGAAGGCCGCCGCCGGAGGAGGCGGCAAGGAGAGCCCGGCGGCCUCCCUCCUCCGCUUCGUCCUUCUGCUCCUGCUCCCGCUCACUGUCCUCUACAUCUUCUACACCCUCCACGCCAUUCUCUCCUCCACCCCCGCUUGCUCGCCGGAUGACCUCGUCACCGCCAAGGGCAUGGCUACUGCCCUGCCCGCCUCCCACCUUAGUACCAACAAUAAUAACCUUACAUCCUCGACGCCAUCGCCGCCGUCUCCCCCUCCUCCUCCCGCGGUGCCCCCGGCGACGACGCUGCAGCACGUGGUGUUCGGCAUCGCGGCGUCGGCGCGCCUGUGGGAGAAGCGGAAGGAGUACAUCAAGAUCUGGUGGCGCCCUGGCGGGGGCAUGCGCGGGUUCGUGUGGAUGGACCGCCCCGUGCGGCCUUCCAGCGUGCCGGAGGGGCUGCCGCCCAUCAUGGUCUCCUCGGACACCUCCAGCUUCCCUUACACGCACCGCCGCGGCCACCGCUCCGCCAUCCGCAUCUCCCGCAUCGUCUCCGAGACGUUCCGCCUCGGCCUCCCCGACGCGCGGUGGUUUGUCAUGGGUGACGACGACACCGUCUUCCUCCCCGACAACCUCCUCGCGGUCCUGAGCAGGCUUGACCACCGGCAGCCCUACUACAUCGGCUCCCCCUCCGAGAGCCACCUGCAGAACAUCUACUUCUCGUACGGCAUGGCGUUCGGCGGCGGCGGCUUCGCCAUCAGCCGGCCGUUGGCGGCGAGGCUGGAGCGGAUGCAGGACGCGUGCAUCCGCCGGUACCCGUCGCUGUACGGCAGCGACGACCGCAUCCAGGCGUGCAUGGCGGAGCUGGGCGUGCCGCUGACGAGGCACCCGGGGUUCCACCAGUACGACGUGUACGGCGACCUCCUGGGCCUCCUCGCCGCGCACCCCGUGGCGCCGCUCGUGUCGCUGCACCACCUCGACGUGGUGCGGCCACUGUUCCCGGACGCGCGGUCCCGCCCGGCCGCGGUGCGGAGGCUGUUCGAGGGGCCCGUGAUGCUGGACUCAGCGGGGACGAUGCAGCAGUCCAUCUGCUACGACGAGGCACGGCGGUGGACGGUGUCCGUGGCGUGGGGGUUCGUGGUGAUGGUGGCGAGGGGCGCGAUCCCGGCGCGGGAGAUGGAGACCCCCGCGCGGACGUUCCAAAACUGGUACCGCCGCGCGGACUACAAGUCGCACGCGUUCAACACGCGGCCGCUGGCGCGCAACCCGUGCGAGAUGCCCGCGCUGUACUACCUGGCGGCGGCGCGGCGGGCGGUGGCGCGCGGAGGGGAGACCACCGUGACGAGGUACCAGCGGUGGCGGCGGCGAAACGAGAAGCGCCCCGCGUGCAGGUGGAAGAUACCGGACCCGGACGCGCUGCUCGACACCGUGCUCGUGGUCAAGAAGCCCGACCCCGCACUGUGGGAUAGGUCUCCGAGGCGGAAUUGCUGCAGGGUGCUGUCGUCUCCCGGGGCAGGAGAGAACGGGAACAAGACGAUGACCAUAGACGUGGGUGUAUGUGAGGACUGGGAGAUCAACCAACUGUAA